AUGGUGGAGGGACUCUAUGAAUUAGCUAAGGGGAAUCUAUCGAUAUCAGCUGGACAGUCUGGAAGUCCACCAGAACUCGAUAGUUUCCCCAUAGCAGUCUUUAUAGGAAAGUCGAAAGCAACAUUAUUUUAUAUAAAGCCCUUUAGCCAUAAGGCAGACACUGAUAAUCCAAAACCUUGUAAAUAUGGCGAUGAAAAGUGUAUAGGAAAAGUUAUCGAAUUUAUUUCACAUGAAAAAUAUGCAGGCGAUGAUAGCCUUAAUUUGGGUAUACUCGAUCCCAUACCAAUCAAAAAAUUGCACAUCAAGCAGGGCAGUGAUAGUCCGGUCAACAUUGAUUUAUUGUUUACCAACAAUGUUGGCAUUGGUCUAAAAACUACAAAAAUUUCCAAAAUCACAGGCUUUGGCAAAGAUUUAAAAACCAAACAUGAAAUUACAUUUAAAGCGGAUACAAUAGCACUGGCCGGUGACUAUAAAAUUUCGGGUAAAAUUUUAAUAUUACCCAUAAGUGGUUCGGGUAAAAGUAAAAUAACCAUGAUUGAACCUGUCGUCAAAAUCAGUUGGAUGGGUGCUCCCAAUGUUAAAAACGGUGAGACCUAUAUGAAGCUGGAAAACUUCGCAAUUGAAGCUCAACCAAAGUCGGUUAAAUUUGCUUUGGACAAUCUUUUCAACGACAAGGCGCUCAGUGAUAAUAUGAAUAAAUUUUUAACCGACAAUUGGAAAGAAAUUUAUGGUGAAAUAAGCGGUUCAUUGACUCGUGCUGAUGACCCUAAACCAUGCAAAUAUGGUGAAACGGAGUGUAUUGGAAAAUUAUUUAAUUAUUUUGUUACUGAAAAACAUAGUGGUGACAAGAAUUACGAUUUGACAUCUAUUGAUCCAUUACCGAUUGACAAAUUGGUCGUGAGCCGAGGCGAAGACAGUCCAGUAAAUAUUAAAUGUGUGCUAACAAAUGCUGAUAUUAGGGGUGUAAAAACUUUAAGAUUUGAGAAAAUUAAGGGAUUUGGCAAGGAAAUUGCUGGUAUUCAUGAAAUUUCUGGCACUUCUGAUUACCUUACAAUGUCCGGACACUAUAACAUUAGUGGCAAAGUAUUGAUUUUACCCAUACAAGGAUCGGGUAAUGUUAACUUUACAAUGGUGAAACCGAAAUUCCGCAUUGGCUGGACUGGUGUACCAUACGAAAAAGAUGGAGCCACCUAUAUGAAAGUACAAAAAUUCUACAUAGAUGUGGAACCCGAAAAUAUUUUAUUUUUCUUUGAAAAUCUCUACAACAACAAGGAAUUAAGUGAUAAUAUGAACAAAUUCUUAACGGAAAAUUGGCAGGAAAUUUAUCCGGAACUUAAACGUCCAUUGACACACGGUGUCACUAACGAACCCCAACCCUGUAGGUUUGGUGACACCGAAUGUAUCGGUAAAGUUAUCGAAUAUCUAAUGAGUGAAAAAUAUGACGGUGAUGAAUCCAUGAGUUUAAAACAAAUUGAUCCAUUACUUUUGGGGACCGUUCGCAUUCAGCAGGGUGAAGAUAGUCCAGUGAAUGUCGAUUUAAUAUUAACCAAUAAUUCCGUACAUGGCUGGAAAACUGCAAAGGUCGUAAAAGUCAAAGGAUUCGAUAAAGAUAUGACCAAAAAGAAUCAAUUGAUUUUCAAAGUCGAUUAUUUAAGUUUAGUCGGCGACUAUUCCAUAGAUGGUAAAAUUUUGAUAUUACCCAUUAAGGGUAAGGGACAAAGUAAUAUAACCAUGGUUGAUGUCACCUUCCAAAUGGAUUUUGUCGGCACCCCUCUGGAGAAGGAUGGUGAAACAUAUAUGACCAUAAAGGAUAUGCAAUUGGAUGCUGAACCAUCCCAAAUCGUUUAUAUUGUUGAGAAUCUAUUUAAUGGUGAUAAAACCCUGGGGGAUAAUAUGAAUUUAUUUCUAAAUGAAAACUGGAAGGAUCUUUAUCAGGAGGUAAAAGCAUCACUGGCCGAUGGGUUUAGUAAAAUUUAUGCUGAUGUUAUCAAUGAUGUUUUUAGCAAAUUUCCAUAUGAGAAAUUCUUUGCAGAAUAA